CCGAAGGAGAAAAAGAAAUAAAUGUAGCGAAUGUGAAUCGAUCCCAUUGCCAAUCAAAUAUCUAUGCUCCGAAUCCCAAAGAUAAAAAGAACCGCGCCCGUUCUUGUGUCGAUAUAUAAAAUUACGCCAACUCUCCUAAUAGCUCACUGAUCACUGGUCAGAGAAUCUCUACCUCUUUGAAACUUCUUUCUCAAUCAGAGAAAACAGAAUCAGACUAAACCAAUGGCCUCACGUGACAAGAAACCUGCGAAGCCGUCGAGCAGCCGCGUUGGUGGCAUACGCACGCUCUCGGAUCUGAACCGCCGGUCUGGACCCGAUUCCGACAGCGAUUCUGAUUCCCCCCAGGAGUACUACACUGGUGGCGAGAAAAGUGGCAUGCUUGUUCAAGAUCCUUUGAAGAAUAAUGAUGUAGAUGAGAUUUUCAAUCAAGCUCAUCAACUGGGAGCUGUAGAAGGGCCUCUUGAACAUCUUCGUCCAUCAUCAAGUUCAACGAGUUUUACUGGAACUGGUAGAUUCCUCUCAGGGGAAACUAUACCUUCUGCACCUCAGCAGCCUGAGGCUGUUAUUCACAACAUAGUUUUCUGGAUCAAUGGUUUCACUGUAAAUGAUGGCCCUCUGAGGAGGUUGGAUGAUCCUGAAAAUGCACCUUUCUUAGAGAGCAUCAGAAAGUCUGAGUGUCCUAAAGAGCUUGAGCCUGCUGAUAGAAGGUCAGCAGUUCAUGUCAAUCUGAUAAAGAGGGACGAGAAAUGCCCUGAACCAGAGAAAAAGCGCCAGGUGGCAUUUCAGGGUGUAGGAAGAACUCUUGGUAGCAGCGGUACUUCAGCAGCUCCUGAACCAACUAUCAGUUCCACUCCUCUCAACUCUGCUCCAAACCCUUCUCCUGGCCUGGUUGUAGAUAAAAGUUUACCAUCAACCUCAAUUCAGCUUAGGUUGGCUGAUGGGACUCGCAGGAUAGCCCACUUCAAUUUCCAUCACACAGUUGAUGACAUCCAUUCCUUCAUCAAUGCAUCUAGACCUGGGAGUGCAACAAACUAUCAAUUGCAGAUAAUGGGUUUCCCUCCUAAACUUCUUACUGAUCCAACCCAAACCGUAGAACAAGCAGGACUUGCCAAUUCCGUGGUAAUCCAGAAAUUCUAGCUUGGGCUACAUGGAAAGUAUCUAUCUACUCAUUACUACAGCUGCUUAUUGUACCCAAUGAAAAAAAUUUCCAUCAAGUUAAAUGAUUAUGAACCGUUACCAUAUACAUGAAGCAGGUUUUGAUGGCCGAUUCUGGUUGAAUGGGAUUGAAUUGUUUGAUUGCUUUCAUUUUUGUUCCUUUCUUUUUGUUUGAACCUAUUAUUCGCUCACACAAAAAGAGGUUCAAAGUGAUAU